GCCUAAUUUGAGAGAAUAGCGUUAAAAAGAAGUCGGAUAUAUAUAUGGGAAGUGAAAUGUCAAAAAUUGUAUCAUCAUCAGAGAGAAAAAUAGGAGAAAAUAAGUUGUUAAGUAAAUCGGCGAAAAAAAGAUAUGAUCCAUAUGGAGUUGGAUGUUCAAUUUGUAAGCAAAGAACUCAUCAUCUUGGGGCAAAAUAUUGUCCUAAUUGUGCGUAUAAAGAAGGACGAUGUAGUAUAUGUGGAAAAAAGAUAUUGGAUACGAGUGCAUAUAAACAGAGUUCAAGAUAGUAUGAAAAAAAAAAAAAGAAAAUGAUCAUGAAAAUAUUACAAAUGAAG